AUGCUUGACAAAUUGCGUGACUUUGGAUUAGAUCUGGAGAACAUCGUGUACUACCGUGGAGAAAUGCACUAUCUGGUGAUGAUACCGAAACGUCAGAACUUAAGAGAGCUUCAUGUGGUAAACGAAGACCACCUAAGCUCGACAGCUCUGGUCAUGGACGACAACAUCAACAACAGUGCAUUGUAUGAGUUUGUCAAGGGAAUUGUCGACUUCGCUGGUAUCCCGAGGAAAACAGACUUUACACGUGUCAGUCUCUUUGAUUUCAGCUCUCUCACCCGUGCAGAUAAGGCUGCGAGUAUCCUCUCGUCGCAUGGUAAGAAGCUUUACGUCAGUCUCAUUGGAGACUCGUUGCACGAGCCCUGCGUGUGGAUGGUGGCACAGAUCGGCCGAGAUCCCGAUGAACAGCUUCUGGUCGACCGUGAAGCCGCAUACCAAGUGACGAUGCGAGUGUCGAGCAAUCACCGUGAAGACUUGCAGAAGAAUAUACGCAAGCACACAGCUGAUCCUAGAUCGCGCUACACCGUCUAGUUGCAUUGCAGGAUUGAGUGUAGAAUGUUGGAUUGAGACUAAAAUCAUGUAGGAAGUGUUGUAUUUGAGACCAAAAUCAAUUUAGUCCAGUACAUAAUUCGAAAA